AUGGCUCAGGCAAGACUCGAGCAGGAUAGACUUCGGGCUCAGUUGGAGUUAGCCUUAGAUCGUGAGGGCCAUAUAAGGGAGAUAGCCAUCGCUCGCCAGCAGCAGUUACAAGAUCGAGAUCAGAAUUUCCAGUACUUCAAAGAAUCAAAAGGAAAAAGUAGAAUGGCAAACAACAGUGAGAAUAAGUCAGAUAAUGAUGAUGUCCAUGGACAAUUGGUUGAACAAGGUUCAGGACUGCUUGAAGAAGUAAGAGCGUUGAAGCAACAAUUGGCAGAGAUUCCGAGCAUUAACCUUCCCACUAUUCCCAGUACCUCCAUUCCACGUCCUCCAAUCGCACCCCUCAGAAAUGACCCACCUAUUAUACCCAGUGUCCAUACUUUCACUGUCCCUCAACCGGCUCUUGCACAAAAGUCAGAUAAUGAUCCACAACUGGAUGCUCAUGAUGCCCAACAUUACUCUCCAGAACUAACUUUAAAGGUUCCAGAUUCAUACAAGCAUACUCCUCAUAACGUGUUCCUAAUUGAGAUCGCUAAGCCCGAAAAAAAUAUGGAACAAGAGGAAAUGACCAUAAAAAUGAAGAGCUUGGAACAAACCAUGAGAAACAUACAGGGUUUGGGGGGACACAAUAGUGUUUCGUUUAACGAUCUAUGCAUGUUUCCCCAUGUUCAUUUGCCACCCGGCUUCAAGACCCCCAAGUUUGACAAGUAUAAUGGGCAUGGUGAUCUCGUUGCCCAUUUGAAGAGGUAUUGUAACCAAUUAAGGGGAGCGGGAGGCAAAGAAGAAUUGCUCAUGGCUUAUUUUGGGGAAAGUUUGACAGGAAUUGCUUCAGAGUGGUUCAUAGAUCAAGACAUCUCUCACUGGCACGUUUGGAAUGACAUGGCUCAAGAUUUUGUCCAACAGUUUCAGUACAAUAUUGAUAUAGUGCCAGACCGCUCCUCUCUCGCUGCUAGGGUCAAACCACCAAUGAAAGAGGCAGAAAUGAUUGACUAUUUUCUCCAAGCUCAGGAUCCUGAUUACCUCCAUUACAUGUUGGCCGCCAUUGGUAAACCUUUCGCUGAGGUGAUUAAGAUUGGUGAAACAGUUGAGAAUGGCAUGAAGUUAGGCAAAAUUGUUAGUCAGGCAGCCCUUAAGGCGACCACACAAGCAAUUCAAAGUGGGUCAGGCAAUUUCGAAAAUCGGAAAAAGAAGGAGGAAGGAUCCAUGAUGGAAUCUGGGUUCGGGGGAGUUCAAAGAGGAAUAGCUCCUUCUUACGUGCAAUUUCAACAAGGACUAUCCAAUUCUCCUCAACAUUAUUAUCCGCCUCAAGGUCCCCGAUACUCAGUUCCCCUGCAACAGUACACAAUGUUUAAUGCUCAGGCUUAUGCUAGGCCUCCCAAUCACCAACAAUGGCGGGCACCGAUUCCACAAGGCUCCCAUCAACUCCGGCCGAAUUUUCAGGCACCAUAUAAUCCUCGUCCCCGACAAGAAUAUGUGAGAGAACAGGAGCCAAAGAAAGAGUUCACCCCAAUUGGAGAAUCGUAUACAAGCCUAUUUCGAAAGUUGAUGCAGUUGAAGUUGAUUGAACCUAUUAUGCCGCGUUAUGUGAAUCCAAAUUCAAAAGGUUUUGACUCAAAUGCAAGAUGUGAGUAUCACUCUAACACCCAAGGGCAUAGUACUGAAAACUGUUGGACAUUAAAGAAAGCCAUUGAAAAUUUGAUUGAAGCAAAGGCAAUUGUGGUAACAAACAAUGAGGAUACUCCUAAUAUCACAAACAAUCCUCUCCCAACUCAUGAUAAUACAUAUUUUAUUGGGAUUUUUUGUGAUGAUUGGGAUUAUAAGCAGUCUGGCAAGACAGAGAUGGUUGUUAGAACCAUAGGGCCAGAACCAAAAGGGAUAGUGAACCCGCCGCAAUUGGCACCGUUGAUGGUGAAAGGUGCGAGUUCUAGUUUGAACUUGGCACGUUCUGAAAUAAUGAUUCUCUAUGUUCCUGGAAGCACAAAAAAGGUUGAGGUUCAAUUGGAUGGGCCAAAGCUUUACAUCCCCGGGGGCAUUCAAAAGAUCAUUCCGAAUAAUGGUUUGAAGAAUAUAAUAGACCCAAUCAUGAUCCGACCUGUUGCCCAACUCCUAGUGACAAACACAAAAGCUAUUCCCUGGAAUUAUAACAAGACUAUCAUGACAUACAAAGGAAAAGAGAUAGUUGAAGAAACAGGUGAAAUGGGGGACUUGACCUGCUCUGGAAGGUGUUAUUCACCAGAGGAAUUGAGAAAAGCUAAGCAAGACAGGGAAAGUCACUUGCCAGUUCAUCAUUUCCGGGUGAAGUACGAGCAUCAGAGGCUGGGCGGUUUGCUUCAAAGACUUGAGAUUCUCGAGUGA